CCAUCAUGUCAGAACUUUCAUCCCCCGCUUCUCGUCGCUCAGCUCUUCCACCAAGCAGUGCUCCUAUACCGACUCAAUCUCAGUCUACAAAUGGACGUUCAACACCCAGACGACGGACCGACGUUCUGGCUCUUGGUGAUGAAGCAGGGGUCGAAGGAGGCGAUGAGGAGGAGCCCUCUGCUGCAAGAAAGAGGAGAAGACCAAGGACGCAACAGCCGGGUGACGUGCCUCUGGUCCAGGAUACAGUAGGAGAGCGAGUGACAGAGACCUUCGAAACUUUUCUUAGGACCUUCACAGAAGAUGUAGCCCUUGCUUCUACUCCUAUGUCCGAUGGCGAUCUACCAGAUGGUUCCGAAGGAGAAUUGGUUUAUGUCGAGCAAAUCCACACCAUGCGCGCUUAUGAACUGACCACUCUUUACGUGGAUUACGGCCAUAUCCUUGCGAAAGACGACGUGCUCGCGACUGCGAUCCAGACGCAGUAUUAUCGAUUCCUCCCUUAUCUUCGUCGCGCUUUACACAACCUCGUAGCAGAGUUUGAACCAGAAUAUCUCAAGAUUAACCCCACUGCCGCGACUACAGAUUCAGCUAAUCUUCAAUCGAGAGAAUUCAAUAUUGCAUUCUACCAUCUUCCUUUGGUCUCUGGCAUUAGAGAACUAAGGACUCACAAGAUUGGUACUCUAAUGAGUAUUAGUGGCACUGUUACACGUACCAGUGAGGUCCGUCCCGAGCUACUCUUUGGGAGUUUCGUCUGCGAGGUCUGCAAAGGCUUGGUUAACGAUAUUGAACAACAAUUCAAGUAUACAGAGCCUGCACUCUGUCCUAAUCCAACAUGUGGAAAUCGAAGCGCGUGGCAACUCCAGAUCGAGACCUCAACAUUUACUGAUUGGCAAAAAGUUAGAAUUCAGGAAAACCCUUCCGAAAUACCGACCGGUUCCAUGCCUCGCUCAUUGGACGUCAUUCUUCGCUCUGAGCUGGUGGAACGAGCCAAAGCCGGAGAUAAGUGUGUCUUCACUGGUACAUUCAUCGUCGUCCCAGACGUCAGUCAAUUGGGGCUUCCCGGAGGCGAGAACGCUCAAUUGCAACGUGAGGCGAACCGAGGAAACUCCACUAGUGCAGGUAUAGGUGGAGGAGUCACUGGAUUGAAGAGUUUGGGAGUACGAGAUUUGCAAUAUAAGACUGCUUUUUUGGCAUGCAUGGUACACGAUUCAGACACGAUGGGUGGUACUAACAUCCGUGGCGAGGAAGAAGUCGGCGAAGAAAGCGGGCAAUCCUUUAUCCAAUCCCUCACUGAACCCGAGUUCGACGAGCUGAAGGCUAUGAUCGAUUCGGAUAACAUCUAUCAACGUCUGGUCGAGAGUAUUGCCCCAACUGUUUAUGGGCAUGAAAUCGUUAAGAAGGGUCUGCUUUUGCAGCUGAUGAGUGGCGUACACAAGCAGACGGGUGAGGGAAUGCAUCUUCGAGGAGACAUCAAUAUUUGCAUUGUUGGCGACCCGUCCACCUCGAAAUCUCAGUUCUUAAAGUAUAUCUGCUCCUUCCUUCCCCGCGCAAUUUACACUUCUGGAAAAGCUUCUUCUGCAGCCGGGCUGACAGCCGCUGUAGUGAAGGACGAGGAAACUGGUGACUUUACGAUUGAAGCGGGAGCACUGAUGCUCGCAGACAACGGAAUCUGUGCCAUUGAUGAAUUCGAUAAAAUGGACAUUUCUGACCAGGUUGCCAUUCACGAAGCCAUGGAACAACAGACUAUAUCUAUUGCCAAAGCUGGUAUCCACGCCACGCUCAAUGCUCGAACAUCAAUACUCGCUGCUGCGAAUCCCAUCGGAGGCAGGUACGAUCGAAAGAAGACGUUAAGGGCGAACCUGCAGAUGAGCGCGCCCAUCAUGAGUCGAUUCGACCUCUUUUUCGUGGUUUUGGACGAGUGUAAUGAGAAGACGGAUAGAAAUAUCGCGGAGCAUAUUGUUAACGUACAUCGGUAUCAAGAUGAGGCCAUUAAUCCCGAGUUCAGCACAGAGACGUUGCAGAGGUAUAUUAGAUAUGCUAGGACUUUCAAUCCCAAGCUGACGCCGGAAGCUGCAGAUGUUCUUGUCGAAAAAUACCGCAUGCUGCGUCAGGAUGAUGCAUCCGGCGCUGGUCGCAAUUCUUACCGUAUUACCGUCCGACAGUUGGAGAGUAUGAUUCGAUUAAGUGAGGCUAUCGCCAGAACCAACUGUACUUCCGAGAUUACACCCGCCUAUGUUCGGGAAGCUUAUACUCUCCUUCGACAAUCAAUUAUUCACGUUGAGCAAGACGAUGUUGACUUUGAUGAAGAGGAACUUGAUGGCAAACGAGAGAGGCUCGUAGCUCAGGACCCCUCUACUGAGGCUGCAGAAGAAUCUCAAGACGUCGAAAUGUCUGGCGUUGACCAGUCUGAAGAAUCCCAACAAAUUGAUGGUGGUGAAACUUCUACUGUCGUAAACCAAACAUCUUCGACUGCCGUUGCCGGUCAGUCUUCACAUGCAGACCAAGUACAGCAAGCCGCUGCUGCAACAUCGUCCAAACGACGUAUGGUCAUCUCCCAUGACAAAUACAUCACGCUCAAGAGUCUUAUUGUCUACCAUCUUUCCGAGGUUGAACGCGAGACGCUUCAGGGGCUCGAUCGUGAUGACCUGAUUGACUGGUAUUUGGAGACCAAGGAAGAAGAGAUGCAGGAUAUCGAAGACAUCGAGUAUGAGAAGGAACUAAUCACGAAAAUGUUACGGAAACUGGUAAAGGAAAACUACCUCAUUGAAAUUCGGGGAGACGUACAAGACUCUUUACCUGAAAGCGGCUUCUCGGCAACGGAGGGUGAAGAUGUGCGAGUGUAUUAUAUGGUCCAUCCUUCGGUCGACGCCGAUGAAUCUUCCGAGUUUCCUUCAGGAGCUUAGUGUGCAAAUAUUGUGCAGAUUCACUUCUUUGUUUGAUUGUUGCUGCUUUCGACUCUAAUUUAUCGCAUUUUUCGUGAGUAUUUGACAAGAUGGUACUGCCUCAUUGCGAUAACUCGCUUUGGCCUGUGAGAAUUUCGGAGAAAUCUGCAGACAAAAAGGCACGGCUUGGUCUAUGGAUCGACAUAUGACCAGAGACAUAAUAUUCGAGCUAAAAAUGAGUGGCCGGUGCCACAUUGCUGAGAUUUUUGCAGUUAUCGAGGUCUGAC